AUGUCGCAUAUUUCGUAUAAUAAACAAUGGCAAGAUGCACAACUGGCUGUGGCCGAUAUGCUGGCCAUCGAAACUCCAGCACAACCACGAGCCCCAGAAACAGAUAUCAAUGCGGCUUUUCAAUUAGUCGCCACGAUGUUUGUCAAAUAUGUACAAAUAUUUCGCAAACUAGAACAAUGUUAUGACCAAAUAGUUCAUCCACAAAAACGACGCUUGGUGCGAACAGUUCUCGACGGUGUGAUGGGAAGAAUCGUAGAACUGAAACAUGAAAUGAUCACUAUGGAUUACUCUGAAUACCAUUAUUUCGAUGAUAUCCUAGCUGAUCUCAAACUAACGCCGAGCGAUCUGGAGAUUCCUAUUCCAAACUAUUUUGUACUUGAACGUGCCCAAGCAAUCGAGAAACGCGAACGUCUUCUCGGGCAAAUUUUAGCUCGAAUGACCUCCGAGAAUGACAAACCCGAUGGUAUCGGUAUGAUGUCAAUAGAUGAUGCCAUUCGCAUUAUUCAAACACAUGAACGAGCUCGACAAGGUCGCUUGCGUGCGAAACAAAUGCGUGAAUUACGACUGAAUGAUCAGCGUGCUCGACAACGUGCAAAUAUGGGCGAAUCGAAAAUGGAUAAGAGUUUAGCAGCAACCAUCAUUCAAAAGUAUUAUCGCAGACAUGUUGUACGACGUGAAGCAAAGAAAUUUCGCGACGAAGAGUACAUGUUUCUAGGCAUGGCUAUGCCAACAUUUGCGAAAGAUCCGCUAAAAAAUAUCUUGGCAGGCGUACGGGCACAUGAAGAUGAGCGACGAAAACGGCAAGAAAAGCAUGAAAUCAAUUAUCAACAAGCACUAGUGGCGACACGUGAAAAAAUCAAACAAACUGAAGGACCUGACAUGAAAGAACGAUUACAAGAUCAAAUUCGACAGUGGUUUAUUGAAUGCCGAAAUGCGUCGAAGAAAUUUCCAGAUUUUCCCGAUGAAGAUGACGGUGGAUCCAAUGCAAUUUUCGCUAACAAAACUCUUGGUGAAAUACAAGCGGAAUUGGAUGCGAAAAUGGAAAGUAAAGGCAAAAAAGGAAAAGACAAGAAAGGAAAGAAGAAAAAGAAAAAGAAGAAAGAAAAGAAAGGAAAGAAGGGCAAGAAGAAGAAAAAGAAAGAUGAUGACGAAGGUUGGACAUUGCCCGAAUCUGAAUUUGUCAAUGAAAUGAUCAAGCCGUCGACAGUCACAUAUCAAAAUUUCUGGGAAACACGAGAUGAAUCGAAUAACUUCGAACAGAAUUACGACAGUGAAAUUAUCAAAGAAGAAAAACGAACAGAAGUUGUGGAAGAAGUUCGAAUAGAAGUCGAUGCCUUGAUGCGUGAAGAAUUGAAAAAUUUAAAAGCGGCAAUUGAUAAAACCAAGCAAAAGAAGAAAAAGAAAAAGAAGAAGAAGAAGAAGAAGAAGAAGAAGAAGAAGAAAGAGAAAGAUCUAACACCGGACCGAACGAUUGAAUCUUUAUAUGAAGAACUGGUUAUGAAUAGAAUCAUAGUUCGUCCACCGAAAGUAGCUCUCAGUGAUUUCGUGGGAGAUUUCAAUUAUCUACCAAGUUUAAUUCGGCAAGCCAAACAUGAACCAAUGCCAACAAUGUACGAUGCCAAACAAUUAGCCGCUCUAUACGGAGUUUUACCAUUCGGAUCUGAAAAAGUUCAUGAAACAGCACCUCAGGUUAAAGGUCUAUUGAUAUGUGGGCCUCGUGGAUGUGGCAAACAUACAUUACUUCAUGCGAUUGUUAAUGAACUAGGAGCUAAUUUGUUUGAUAUAACACCGUCGAAUAUUUUCGAAACCUAUCGUGAAAAAGAAGGACGAAAAAUGUUGUUACACUUAUGUUCGAAAGUUGGCAAAGCUCUGCAACCCACAGUGAUUUUGAUUGAUAAUUGCGAAAAAUUAUACAAAAAGAAAUUGAAACCCGAAGAGAAACAAUUUGAGCCAAAAAAGCUCGCGAAAGCUUUACCGAAAUGGUUGAAAUUGAUCAAGCAUGGGGAUCGCGUUUUAUUAGUUGGUAUUUCCAAUGAACCGUAUCAAGCAACUGUCAAACCAAUGAUGAAAGUAUUUUCACGUUGUAUUCUAUUACCACGUCCUGAAUAUGGUACUCGUCUAUUACUAUGGAAAACAUUGAUACCGAAAUACGGUGGUAUCAUCACUCCGACACUUGACUUGACAUCGUUAACUAAACUUUCGGAUGCGUAUUCAUCGGGUCACAUUCAUGAGACAAUCGUCGAAGUGUUAACAGAACGACGUCUGGCGAAAAUGGCCAAACAUCCACUGACAGCUACUGAUUUCAUCUCUGGACUUGCACAACGUAAUGCGAUAUACAAAGAAGAAGAGAAUGCUUUCAAGAGUUGGUGGAAAAAGACUCCAUUAGGCAAAAAACAUGAACGAUUUCUUGAAGAGCAAGAGUCGGGCGAAGGCGAUGGUAAAGGCAAAAAAGGAAAGAAAGGUGGCAAAGGUAAAAAGGGUAAAAAAGGCAAAAAAGGCAAGAAGAAGAAAUAA